GCGGCGGCCAGCACCGGCUGCCGGGAGCCGCCGGGCCCCCCGAGGGCCGCCGCCGUCCCCUACUUCGGCAUCUCCGUGGACCAGGACGACAUCCUGCCCGGCGCCCUGCGCCUCAUCCAGGAGCUGCGGCCGCAUUGGAAGCCUGAGCAAGUUCGGACCAAGCGCUUCACUGAUGGAAUCACCAACAAGCUGGUGGCCUGCUACGUGGAGGAGGACAUGCGGGACUGCGUGCUGGUCCGGGUGUACGGGGAGCGGACGGAGUUGCUGGUGGACCGGGAGAGUGAGGUCAGGAACUUCCAACUGCUUCGGGCACAUGGCUGCGCCCCCAAACUCUACUGCACCUUCCAGAAUGGGCUGUGCUACGAGUACAUGCAGGGUGUGGCCCUGGGGCCCGACGACAUCCGUGAGCCCCAGCUCUUCAGGUUAAUCGCCUUAGAAAUGGCAAAGAUUCAUGCUAUCCAUGCCAACGGCAGCCUGCCCAAGCCCACCCUCUGGCACAAGAUGCACAAUUAUUUCACGCUUGUGAAGAACGAGAUCAACCUCAGCCUUUCCAAAGAUGUCCCUAAGGUGGAUGUGUUGGAAUGGGAGCUGGCCUGGCUGAAGGAGCACCUGACCCAGCUGGAUUCCCCUGUGGUGUUUUGUCACAACGACCUGCUCUGCAAGAAUAUCAUCUAUGACAGCACCAAAGGUCACGUACGGUUCAUUGACUAUGAAUAUGCCGGCUACAACUACCAAGCUUUUGACAUUGGCAACCAUUUCAAUGAGUUUGCAGGUGUGAAUGAGGUUGAUUACCGCUGGUACCCGGCGAGGGAGACCCAGCUGCAGUGGCUGCACUACUACCUGCAGGCACAGAAGGGGAUGGCCGUGACCCCCAGGGAGGUGGAGAGGCUCUACGUGCAAGUCAACAAGUUUGCCCUGCUUCCUUCCCUGUCUUCCGGCAGGUACGCCGUGAUCCGAUUCAACCAGUACUUCAAGGUGAAGCCUCAAGUGUCGGCCUUGGAGAUGCCAAAGUGACCGGCCUUGCCAUCCGCCCACUCAACUGCUUGGCCGGGCCUGUUCUCCAGGGCUCAGUUCUGCUCUGAGGUCCACCCUCUUGGACAAGGUGGGAGAGGGGACAGGUGGGUGUCCAAGGAGAAGGUUCUGUCCCUGCCACCAGCACCCAAUGGAUGCCACUGAAGACCUCAUUCUCCUGUGUGGAGGGGCUGAUAGGACCCAACUCUGGGGGUCCCCUUCACCAUAUCAGGCUUGGAAGGAAGUGCCUGCAGACAGCCAGGGCCUGGACCAUAACCACCCCUGGGAAGCACACCGUUCCCAGCCCCAGGCCCUGCUGGAAUUUGGGCUGCCUUAGAUGUGUCUUUGACCCUUCCUGGACUGGGGAAGGCGGGGGGGCUCCUUUCUACCUCCAGUGCCCUGAGCCUCCAGCCCCUCUCCGUCUCCCCCUGCAUGCCCCACGUGGGAGGUGCUGCACCCCAAACCAGCAUCAUGCCAACUCUGACAGAUGGAUGUACAUAUCUUGAUGGGAGAGAGGGGGUCCAGAAUUGGGCAGGACAGUUCCCCUAGCAGCUGCCUCAUCUGAGACCCCUCACUUUCACUUUUCAAACCAGAUACAAUCAAAUAACCUCUUCCCGAGCCUCAGCCUGAGAGAGCGCACCCCCUCCAGUGCCCUCGCUGCCCCUGAGUUUCUGUUCUGUCCCUCUGCAACCUGCUGGGGGGAAGGAGAGGGAGUGGGGAGGCCCCGGGCCCCCAAAGCCUGGCUCUGCUUCAUGCUGUGGCUUGACUGGAAGGGGCAUGGCUGGGGCUGUGGUGGCCAGAGCCAGAGCCGGCAGCCUCCUGCCUUGUUCCCUCCCUCCCUAGAACCUGUCCUUCCAUCUCCACCUUCUGUCUUGGAGUUGACCCAAGAUCUUCCCACCUGGGAAUGACUAGUGGGAGUCAAGGGGCAGGGGGCCAGGGACCUGCAGAGCCCGGAGUGCGCGAGCUUGAGCAGGAUCGAAUUGCAAAGGUGCUGAUUGUGCUCUGACACUCAACAACCUCCACCUCCUUUCUGCCCUCACAGAUCCUUGGGGGGGGGCCCCCCCUGGCUCUGGCCCAUAAAGUGAUUCAUUUGUAAAUUAUCGUGGUUUUCUGCAUUAAAAUGCUCGUUUCCGGA